AUGAUUAAACCUCAUUUAUCACUAGAAACUCUUGCAAAUGUACCACUGGUUUCCAGUAUAAGUAAUUCUGCAUUGAAUCGAACACGACAAAAACGUACACCAGUUCUUCCAAUAUGUUGUUCAUUUGAUAUUCCUGAUUUAUAUCAAUUCACGUCUGCUGGAGAAAAAGUUGUUAGUGAUUUUGAACUCGGUUUGAUAUUAGCUGUAGCCGCUGAACUAUCCAUCAAGGUCGUUAUUUUUAUUACAAUCAGCGUAUUAAUCGACGUAUUAAAAGUUUAG